AUGUCGGUUUGUGAAAAGUACUUCCCCAGCGAACCCUCGCAACCGAAGGUUGUGACUUCGGAAUUCCCCGGCCCUCAAUCGAAGGCCCAGAUUGCCGAUUUGGACAAGGUCUUCGACUCGAGACCCGUCUACUUUGUCGCUGACUACGAAAAGUCGAGCGGUAACUACAUUGUUGACGUUGACGGCAACGAAUACUUGGAUGUCUACGCUCAAAUCGCCUCGAUCCCCUUGGGUUACAACAACCCUGCCCUCAUCGAAGCCGCCAAGUCGCCCAAGAUGAUCAGAGCCCUCGUCGACAGACCCGCUCAAGGUAACUUCCCUUCGAGCGACAUGAAGGAAAUCGUCGACGGUUUGCUCAAGGUUGCCCCCAAGGGCCAAACCCAAGUGUGGUCGGGUCUUUCCGGUGCCGACGCCAACGAAUUGGCGUUCAAGGCCGUGUUCUUCUGGUACCAAGAACAAAAGAGAAAGGGGGCCCCCUUCACCGCCGAAGAAAACGCCUCGGUGAUGAAGAACGCCACUCCUGGUGCUCCUGAAUUGGCGAUCAUGUCGUUUGAACGCGCCUUCCACGGGAGAUUGUUUGCCUCGGCUUCGGCCACCUGCUCCAAGCCCAUCCACAAGUUGGACAUGCCCGCUUUCAAGUGGCCCAAGGCGGAAUACCCCUCGUACAAGUACCCCUUGGACCAACACAAGGAAGAAAACGAACAAGAAGACAAGAGAUGCCUCGCCAUCGUGGAAACCUUGUUCAAGUCGUGGCCUUCGCCCAUUGCUGGUGUAUUGAUCGAACCUAUCCAAUCGGAAGGCGGUGACAACCACGCCUCAAAGGAAUUCAUGCAAGGCUUGCAAAAGAUCGUCAAGGACCACGGUGCCUUGUUGAUCAUGGACGAAGUGCAAACUGGUGUUGGUGCCACCGGUAAGUUCUGGGCCCACGAAUGGUUCGAAUUGCCCACUCCCCCCGACUUGGUGACCUUCUCGAAGAAGUUCCAAACCGCCGGUUACUACUUCCACGACCCUGCUCUCAGACCCUCGGUGGCCUACAGACAAUUCAACACCUGGUGUGGUGACCCCGCCAGAAUGAUCAUCGGUGGCGCCAUUGGUGCUGAGAUCGAAAAGCACGACUUGGUCAGCCUCAACGCUCGUGUCGGUGACUACUUGUACGGCAAGUUGGACAAGUUGGCGCAAAAGUACCCCCAAUACUUGCGUGACUUGAGAGGCAAGAACAGAGGUACCUUCAUCGCCUGGUCGUUGCCCUCUGCCGACGCCAGAAACAAGUUCUUGUCGGACAUGAAGACCGUCGGUGUCAACAUCGGUGGCUGUGCCGAAGACUCGGUCAGAUUGAGACCCACCUUGGUGUUCGAAGAAAAGCACGCUGACAUCUUGGUUGAAGCCAUCGAGAAGAUCUUGUCGAAGUAUUAG